AUGGUUGUUCCGAAGAAACUUUGGCCCCUCUGGAUGGCCUCUGCGGCGGCGGCGGCCGCUUCACCCUCUGUUACUGUCGACGCAGGAACCAUUCUCGGUGGACAGUGUGGCAGUGGAAAUUCCGUCUUUUACAAGGCAAUUCCCUAUGCGGAUCCUCCUGUCCGAGGUUUGCGAUUUGAGGCCCCUAAAGCCUACGGCAAGUAUCCUGGCGGUAGGCUGAACGCAACUGCCCCGGCUCCCGCUUGCAUUCAGUUUGGGGAUACAUUCAAGGCCCUGGGAAAGACAUCGGAGGAUUGUCUAUAUUUGGAUAUUUGGACGCCUGCCGAUGCCACCGAGGACUCGAAGCUCCCCGUCAAGGUCUUCGUCUUUGGUGGAUCCAACAUCGAGGGCGGCAUCAGCGAUACUCUGUACGACGGCUGCAACACCGCGGACGAUGGAGCUAUUCUGGUAUCUAUCAACUACAGACUUGGUCCACUUGGUUUCAUGGCUCUUGAGAGUGCAGGAAUCCACGGCAACCAAGGUAUCCAAGACUUGCUUCUUGGAUUGAAGUGGGUUAAGAACAGUAUUUCUGCCUUUGGUGGCGACUCGGACAAAAUUGUUCUUUUUGGUCAAUCGGCCGGCGCCACCGAUGCAUACAUCAUCUCUGCUCUGCCUGACGCCCCCUCGCUCAUCAACAGCGCCAUCGCCGAGUCGGUCGCUCUUCCAUCGCUAGCGUCCAACUCCAGCGUGCAAACCACUUCUGUCUCCUAUGCCAAAAGCCUCAAGUGCGAUGUGCGAGACAAAAAAUGUUUGCAAGGGAAGAGCACCAUCGAUCUCCGGAGCGUGUACUUUAGCGACGAGUAUUUGAAGACCGGACUUGGGGCUGCCGAUGUUACCAUCCCUUCUGUUAAUUCUCACAAGUUCUGGCCCUAUGUGGACGGCACUGUCAUCCCAGAGGCUCCCUCGGCGGUCGGUGCCAAAGUCCCCGCAAUAUUCGGGUACAACCAAAGAGAAGGCAUGAUGGAUACCCUCACUAAGUACAACAGCACCGAAGCCGCUGCAUCUGCCACCCCAGCUGCGUACACUAAGUUUUUGAAGGACAACUUCGGCCCGGCGGCUGCCAUAAUUGAAAAGUACUAUGACCUGUCUCUCUUCCAGUCUACACCCCUUCCCGUCAUUGCCGCCAUCUCCACCGUGGCCACCGACGCAGAGUACAAGUGUCCAGCAUACGCGAGCGCCGCGCAGACGGUGCGCAACAACGUGCCCGCCUGGGUAUACGAGUUUACCCACAACUCAACCUGCGUGUGGCUCGACACUAUGCCCCAAGCUUUUAUUGACGUCUUUGGUGCUGCGCAUACGGCUGAACUUCCCUACGUCUUUGGCAACCUCCACUUUGACUUUGCCGAUAAGAACUCAAGCUGCACUGGCACGUCUGACGAGUGGAGUCUCAGUAAGGAGAUGAUGGGAUUGUGGACGGCGAUGGCUGAAAAAGGAAACCCUUCAACGAACGACAUACACUGGCCUGAAUUCCGAGCCACGACGAAUGGUUCCGAUGUACAGGGCAUGGUCUUUGGCAAUUUCAGCAGACCUGGCGCAAUUGACUUCUCAGUUUCCCACAAGCUCACGAACUGGUCGGCCAACGUCUCUAGCCUCGGCGCCUGUCGUAGUGAUCGUCGCGAAAUUGUGCUAUAUGCCGGAGAUAUAGGCGUCGUUGCGACCGGCAACGGCCAAGCUGCGGGCAAUGUCUCCGACUGCACGGUUCUUGUCCAGGAUAUCGGGAUGAAUGGGAACUCGUUUUCCGCGAUCAAACGAAACAAACGGUCGAAAAGCACAAAGUGA